AUGUCCGAUCCUCCUUGUUAUGCCGCUGCCGGCCGUCGCCUCGAUCCUCGCUUCCUCCCCUGUGGCAAUCCGGCCCUUGCUCUCCAGGCCUGCUGCUGGCAAGGCGACACCUGUCUUGUCCACGGCGCCUGUUUCGGUGUCCACGACGGCAGCUACAUCACCUAUCUGGCCGGCUGCACGGAUGCCGACUAUGGCGCCCUCGCCUGUCCGCCCAAGGGCUCGGAUGCCCUUGCUGACGCCGACGCCUGGGUCGGUCUGGCCUACUGCAACGGUUCCUCUGACCAGUGGCAGGCCUGUCGUCAGCCGGGCCGUCCAACCGUCUUGGCUGCUGCCGGGCCUUGUGUCUGUCCGUCUGCCAAGACCGAUCGCACAGUUGGUGUCGCUGCCGGGCCCACGCUGCCGGCCACGGCCAGCCUGCCGCUGCUUGGUAGCGGGACCAUCUCGUGGGUGCCUCCGUACGGCCAGGGGUCGACGAGCGUGUCGGCUCUGUCUCGGUCAGGACCUAUGUCUGCGUUUGUGUCAGCACCAACGGCCGGCUCCGCCAGCUCGACCUCGACCUCCAACCCCUCAUCCACCACCUCCCACCCCCAUACACAGCUCAUCCUCGGCACCUGUGUCGGCAUCGGCGGCUCCCUGCUGACCAUCGCCGUCUUGCUCGCCAUCCUGGCCGUCCGACAGUGGCGACGUCGGCUCCCAGCGCCCCGACAAACCCUCACUGACAAGACUCUCCCGCCACUGCACCCUUCGUAUCAUCCCGAGCCGGUCUCGCCCUUGACCGUGUCCGAACUCGAGCCGUGUCCGGCUCGGCCGUGGUCCCUCCGCUCCGAGCUCGAGGACAGCAGCGUCCACAGCCAGGUGCGCAGCAGCAUCGGCACCGCCAUGUGGACGCGCAGCACACUCGCACCCGCUUCGAUGGCGCUCACGAUCGCCACGACAGCCAUGACACCGGCACGAGAGUGCAGGGACACCGGCAGCAGCACCGAGACGGCAGACACCACAUUGGGACCACAGGCGUACCAAGGGCUGGCCGAGCUGGAAUAA